GCCCGUCCUCCCCAAUUUAGGUGCCACCAACCUCCUGUGAUACUGGAUAUACAUAUAUCUACAUACACCUAAACAAACUAAUUCUGCACAUGCACACAUACAGUUUUUUUUGCUCAACCACCCCACAUGCUCACACACGAUGAAUAAAGCCGGGAUUUAAAGAUGUAGUAACUGUCUUCAUUAAUCUCUACAGUAAGCGUGUCAGAGAGAAGAGAGGAGAGAGUGGGAGAAAAGUUCAUUAUUCGACUGGCUUCAUCUUUCAAUAGAGGGACAACCUCGUGGGGCGUUUAAGGGAGUACCCCAUGGCAGUACCUUAACGUCAGCCAUAUCCACUUCCUCCAUCAUCCCUCCCCCGCUCCUUCUCCCCCUCCACCCCCUCCCUCCACCCUCCUCCCCCAACUGUGGGCUAUUUAUAGAAUCAAAGAGCCAAUUAAAACACAGCAGCACUGAUGAGAGGGCCAGCAGACUGAGAUAAACUGUUGCUCGCUCUCGAACAACCAACAGUCUUUAUUAAGCCAUCCUCUGUUUCAAAAAACGAUCAAGAGGAACAAGCUGUGCUUACAAAAGGUCUGGAGUUACCUUCCUUGAACACUCUUGAGCUACGGAUCAAAAACCGACAUCACUUGCCUUGGUCAAGGCAGUGUUUUCAAACUGCAGUCCAUCGAAGGUCUGGAGAAAUAGACUAGUAGCCUCUGUUCUGGGUUGGACCCUGGCCGUGACCCCACUCUCCCUAGGUGUCUCAUUUCCGAUUCACACAUGCGUGAAAUAGGACAAAUAUAAGCACCCACCAAAUUAUUAUUCAUGAUUUAUUAUCUGUCGUUGUCUGGACACUCGGGGAAGCAGCAAAGCUCUCUACAUGGACCCUAUGUAUAAAGCCACAGGUGGUGCCUUGCACCAGAACCCCCUCCAGCCAUGAGCUAAGCCCUCCCUAUCGUAGGCAUCCUGGGUAGGAUGACGGCCGUGUGCCCCGCUGGGGUGGGCCCUGGUGUGGCUACGGUGAGUGGCUCCAGGGGGUCUGGGGCUGGGUUUACGACUGGGAGUACAGGGAGUCAGGACAAGAGAUACGCACGCUGGAGCCGCCUGGACAGCUCGGACAUCAAUACAGAUGACGAGGGGGUCCCUGGCCACCGCCUCACCCCCCUGGAAAGGCUCAACCUGGACAUGUGCCAGGACGACAGGGUGGUCCGUGAGCUCACAUUGGGCCGGCGUAUCGGCUUCUACAAGGUCCGUGGGGAGAUCGGCUGUGGAAAUUUUUCCCAUGUCAAACUGGGGAUCCACGCCCUCACAAAAGAGAAGGUGGCCAUUAAGAUCCUGGAUAAGACCAAGCUGGACCAGAAGACCCAGAGGUUACUGUCCAGAGAGAUAUCCAGCAUGGAGAGACUGCAACACCCCAACAUCAUACGCCUUUAUGAGGUGGUGGAGACAUUGUCACGGUUACACCUGGUGAUGGAAUAUGCAGGCGGAGGAGAGCUCUACACAAAGAUCAGCACGGAGGGGAAACUGUCCGACAUCGACAGCAAGAUCGUCUUCUCUCAGAUCCUCUCGGCUGUCAAACACAUGCAUGACAACAGCAUCAUCCACCGUGACCUGAAGGCAGAGAAUGUCUUCUACACCUGCAGCACCUGCGUCAAGGUGGGAGACUUCGGCUUCAGCACGCUGAGCCGCCGCGACGAGACCCUCAACACCUUCUGCGGCUCCCCACCCUACGCCGCGCCAGAGCUCUUCCGGGACGAACACUACCUGGGCGUCUUCGUAGACAUCUGGGCCCUGGGCGUCAUGCUAUUCUUCAUGGUGACAGGAACCAUGCCCUUCAGGGCGGACACUGUGGCCAAGUUGAAGCGCUGCAUCCUGGAGGGGGCCUAUGUGCUGCCCUCCUGGGUACUGGAGCCCUGCCAGAGGCUGAUCAGAGGCAUCCUCCAGCCCCAGCCCUCAGAUCGCUGCAGUGUAGAGCAGAUGAUGGGCUGUGAGUGGCUGUUGCCUGUAGACUUCCCCCGGGCCAUGGAGCCCUUUAAACUGGACCCGUCCUAUCUGGCCGAGAGCACGCCUUCAGAGUUGGAGGAGGACGAGGCGGAGGUGAGGGGGGCACUGGAGACACUAGGGAUCACCACAGAGCAUAUCUUGAAUAAUCAGGGGAAGGACUGUAGGAGUUCUAUAACAGGUGUUUAUAGGAUUCUGUUGCACCGUGCACACAAGAGGAGGGCAGUGGAUAGCAUGCCUGUCGUUACACAUGUGGUCGGGGCCAGCCUGAGUAAAAAGGACCGGCUAAAGGCAUACCGCAGCUUACGGCACACCUCCAAGCUCUGUGUGAUUCUGUGACGAAAAGCCUUAUCUCCUAUAGUGGAACUUUAUUGUAUUUUUUUUCAAUCCAUGAGAAUGUUUGUGACUGUGAAUGAGGAAUGAGAUGGUGAAUUUUAAAUCAGCUUGAUUUCUGUCUUGAAUGUUGAUCGGAAAAAUGUUCAUUGCAGAUACACUAAGAAAGACAAAGAAAUUCCUAAAGUUGGGAUUCAAGUGAGUAUUUGUCUCUGUGAGAAUAUACUUUAGCCUGGGUGCCAGUCUUUCUCUAAUUUAUCUUACCAGAAAAGGCAAACAUGUAACAUAUGGUUAUCCAGCAGACACUUUUCUCCAAAGGAACGUGGGCGAUUCCAGCAUUAUGGUCUUAACAUUUGCACACAAAAUCACAGUUUAAUGUCUCACAGAAUGGACAAACAAAAUAUAAAUACAACUUUUGAUGCGUGUGUCUAUAGCACCCACCAGGGUGAGUGUAUUCCUAAAAAAGUGGACUUCUAAAUAUUAGCAUGUUGGAGAAAUAAGAAGCGGCGAAAUUGUAGUUUAUGCAGAGCCAAAUGUGGCCGGAUGUAAUGGCUGAAAACCCUACAUAUGGAGAUGGAUUUUCGAGAGCUAAGUCUUAUUGUGAUUUGAUUGACGAACAGCAAGCUUGUCUAGUUUAUAAAUGGUGUCGAACUGACUGAAUAAAGUCGAUCUCAUAUAUCCUUGCCAUUCAUAAAUCAUACAACGUAGUUUAUUGUCCAUGGUAUGGAUGUGACAACGACGUCAAUUCAACAUUUAUUCCAUGUUAGUUCAACAACAUCUCAUUGAAAUUA